AUGGACAAUAGUUAUGAACAUAAUAUGAGUCUAUAUCGACUCAAAAUAAUUAUAAUUUGUGCAUUACAAUCAAUCAAAAAUAGACAGAGAAAGUGGCAUGUAAAACCAAUAUUUAAAGAACGAAAAAUACAUGGUGAUUAUUAUUGCUUGAUAAAAGAUUAUCAAAUAAACAAUUCAGCAUUAUUUUAUAAUUACAUGAGGAUGACUUCUACAGCUUUUGAGGAAUUGAUCAUUCAUGUUGGUCCAUUUUUACAAAGAAUUCCUACUAGACCUGACACUUUAUCAGUUGGUGCAUGUUUAACUGCAACUAUUCGUUACAUGGCAUCCGGUGAAAGCAUGGUAGAUUUAUCUUAUUCAUUUAGAAUUGGUCACACAACGGUUUCAAAAUUAAUUUUGGGUCUGCAUACAAGAGCAACACCCAUUUAUUUAUUAUUUUUAAAGGUUUUAAAAGUUCCUCGAAAACAAGAUUGGCAAAAUAUUUCUCACGAAUUUCCGAUGAAAUGGAAUUCGCCUAAUUGCUGUGGUGCCCUUGAUGGAAAACAUGUUGUACACCAAGCAGUUUCAAAUAGUGGUUCUUCAAAUUACAACUACAAGGGGACUCACAGUAUUGUUUUAUUGGCAUUAUGUGAUGCUAAUUAUAAUUUCAAAUUAGUUGAUAUUUGGUCUCCGGGUAGAUGCAGUGAUGGUGGAAUAUUUAAAAACAGUGUUAUUGGGAAAAGUAUGCUCAGCGAAAGUAUAGAUUUUCCAAAACCGGUUGAAAUUGAUAAUGUUAAUGGACCUAUACCAUUCCAUUUAGUAGCUGAUGAAUCAUUUACCUUACUUACCAAUUUCAAGAGACCAUUCCCUGGUAGAGGCAAACAUAAUUUACAUAAAAAUCAUGCCAUAUUCAACUACAGACUAAGUAGGAGCAGACGUACAAUAGAAAAUACAUUUGGGAUAAUGUCUUCAAAAUGGAGAAUUUUUCGUCGUCCUAUCAUAGCCAGUGAAAAAACUGUCAAUGCUAUAAUUGAAGCUGCAGUUGUGUAUAAAAAUCUGAGAAAAUGGAAGGUAGUUAUUAAAAAAAUAAAAGCUCUUAAUUAUAAAGGAAAUAUAAUUCAAUUUCAUAAUAAUGUACAAUUAUUUCUUUAA